AAACAGCCAUGAUUGCACCCAGCAAUACUUUUCAAUAUGGAAACCUAAGCUCUUGAGCUUCCCACCUUCUUUCGUUUUUGCUUGCUUUCCCCAUGAUCUUCUAGUAUAUAUCUGUCAGUCCCAUCAUCUUUAUUUUCACCCCCACCAUAUCAUCCUUUUUUUUUCUUUUUCUUUUUUCUUAUUUUCCAUGAUGGAUCCCUCAUGCACCACCUCUUCUGUCAAUGGCUUCUACAACUUUCUCAACCAAGGACUCGACGAUCUUGAUCAUUCCUUGCUCUCUCACGACUUCAUGUCAAUCCAAUACCUUCAAAAGGUGCUAUCCUCACUAAGAUCCUUUAAUUCCCAGCUAACCAUUUUGGUUCAAAAGCUUCACUUGCCAAUAGGUGAAAAAUGGCUCGAUGAAUACAUGGAUGAAAGUUCUAGGCUUUGGGAAGCAUGUCAAGUGCUUAAAUCUGGUGCCUCCGGGAUGGAAAAUUACUAUUCGACUGCUGCCAACAUAGAAACCUCGAUGGAUGGUUAUCGCCUUUUGAGCCCUCAGCUCUCUCGUCAGGUGAUUCGGGCUAUAAGCGGUUGCCAGAGGGAAAUUGUAGCAUUGGAAGAGGAUCACAAGAGCUUGAUGGAAACAAGAAUUCAACCACUCUCAUUAUGUUUCGAUGAGAACAUUUCGACAACAUCAAAUUUCAACGGGUUCUAUGGUUUUCGAGGUGUUCUUUAUGCAAUGAGGAACAUUAGCUCAUUGCUUUUGAUGAUCUUGCUUUGUGGACUUGUGUAUUGUUGGCCUGCAUCGAGCUUUUGCCAAGGAGGAUCAGGGUUCGAGGGGAAUAAUAUUGCUGUAUUUGGCUCAGGCUUGAUGGUAUCAAUCAAAAGAUUGCAGCAAAGAGUUACAAAUGAGAUAGAACAAAUUGAUCAAGGGCAGCCUGGGAUUUUGCUGCACGAGCUCCGGGAAGCGAAGACAGCAAUGGAAGAGUUGAAAGUUGAAAUGGAGAGAUUUUUGGAGUAUGAAGUUGAGAUUGAUGUCCAAGACAGGGCCGAGAGGUUGAAGAGUUGCUUUGGGUCGUUGAGAUGUGGGGUGGAGGCUAUCAUUGGACAGAUUGAUGAUUUUUUCGAUGAAAUAGUUGAAUGGAGGAAGAAGCUUUUGGACAUGUGCACUCAUAGGUAGCAAGAAACUCUGGACAUGUGCAGCCCUGAGUUCAAAAAGAAAAGGAUCAAAGUAAGUGAAAAAAAAAAACAUGUUGCUGAGCUGGCACUAGUGUCAGCCAUCUCUCUUCAAUUUUUUGCUCUUUUUUUUUUUUUUUUUUUGUUUCUCCUUUUCUCUCUACUGUCUUGAAGUCACUUUGUUUUGAAGCCACAACAGUGUUGAAGCUUUAAGAUAUAGCUUUCCAGAGGAAACCCAAAAAGGAAAAAUAUGGAGUAAAGAGAAUGUGAUUCUUCCUUGCAAGAAAAGUAACAUUAUUAUCCAAACAUAAGAAACAGGGAAGAAUAUUAAGAUAGCCAAUGGCUUGAAUGGAAAGCAAGAUUUUCCUACCGAAAGGUCAGAUUCUUCUCUUAGUGAAAUGAGAAGAUAAUAUAAAUGAGGUAAAAAAAAAUGCCUCUUGUUUGUCCCAGAGGACCAGGAAUCUUUGAUGAUGAA